GGUGGUAGGUUAGGUAGGGGGCUGUCUCACAGAAGUGGUCUAGCAGUGGUUUGAGCUGCCGGCUGUAUUUUUGGGAUCUUGCGAAUGGAGUGAGCACUCUGGAAUAAAGAUGUAGUGUGAGCUGCUGGAAGGAGGGGGACCAAACAAGUAGAGCGCUGUGCUCGGGGAAGGAGACGACCUUCCAGCUGGACGCGCGGACCAGGAGGACAGAGACAAAGACGGUGUGGGUCCACUGGAUCAAGAAGAUGACCUCUCGCUGCAGGAAUGCGUUGAACAUCGUGGUCACCACCCUUUUUGCGGCGGUGGUCCUCUUCACCAUCCUUUUAGCCUAUAUAACAGGCUACCAGUUCAUCCAAACUGAGCAGCAUCACCUAUCCUUUGGCCUCUAUGGUGCAUUCCUCUUCCUCCACCUUCUUCUCCAAAGCUUUUUCGCUUUUCUGGAGCACCGGCAGAUGAAAAUUCCCACUCGUCCUCAACAUCUUCGUCGCUCGGUGGCCCUCUGCAUUGCCGCCUACCAGGAGGAUCCCGACUACUUGAGGAAGUGUCUGCGCAGUAUCAGACGGAUUUCUUUCCCAGGACUGAAAGUAGUGUUGGUGGUGGAUGGGAACAAACCAGAGGACCAUUACAUGAUGGAUAUUUUCCAGGAAGUGAUGGGUGGAGCUGACCAGGCAGGCAGCAUGGUGUGGAAAGGAAACUACCACAGUGAUGGAGAUGGGGCUAAAAAAGAUCCAGGAAGCAUAGUUCACAUGGAGGAGGUGAUACGAGUUACUCGGUUGGUUAGAACCUGCCGCUUUUCCUGCAUCAUGCAGGAGUGGGGAGGGAAGAGGGAGGUCAUGUACACAGCCUUUAAAGCGUUGGGGGACACUGUGGAUUAUGUGCAGGUGUGUGACUCAGACACAGUUUUGGACCCAGCUUGUACCAUAGAGAUGCUGAAGGUCUUCGAGGAGGAUGCUGCAGUAGGAGGAGUUGGAGGAGAUGUACAGAUUCUCAAUAAGUAUGACUCCUGGAUCUCCUUCCUGAGCAGUGUGCGGUAUUGGAUGGCCUUUAAUAUUGAGCGUGCCUGCCAGUCCUACUUCGGAUGCGUCCAGUGUAUCAGCGGCCCGCUGGGAAUGUACAGGAACUCACUUCUCCAGCGUUUCCUUGAGGCUUGGUACCAUCAAACCUUCCUGGGCUCCAAGUGCAGCUUUGGCGAUGAUCGUCACCUAACCAACCGAGUGCUAAGCUUCGGCUACAAGACCAAGUAUACGGCACGAUCACAGUGUCAGACCGAAACGCCGACCCAGUACCUUCGCUGGCUCAACCAACAGACUCGCUGGAGUAAGUCCUACUUCCGGGAGUGGCUCUAUAACGCAUUGUGGUUCCACAAGCACAGCCUCUGGAUGACCUACGAAUCUGUGGUCACUGGCUUCUUCCCGUUCUUCUUAGUAGCCACGGUCAUUCAUCUCUUCUACCGUGGAAGGCUGUGGAACAUCUUGCUCUUCUUGUUAACAGUCCAGCUGGUUGGGAUGCUGAAGGCCACCUAUGCCUGUUUCUUACGUGGUAGCCUGGUCAUGAUCUUCAUGUCGCUUUAUUCUUUACUUUACAUGUCGAGUUUACUCCCAGCCAAAAUGUUUGCCUUACUCACAAUCAACAAAGCAGGGUGGGGAACCUCAGGACGCAGAAAAAUUGUGGUAAACCUGAUCGGUGCCAUCCCUGUCGCAGUUUGGACAAUGGUGCUGCUUGGAGGCGUGGUGUAUACAAUUUACUGUGAAGCACAGCAGCCUUUCAGCGAAUUCGAAAAGGUCUUGUUGAUAGCGGGGACCAUUCUAUAUGCCUGCUAUUGGAUCAUUCUGCUGGUGCUUUACCUUGCAAUUGUUGCCAAACGAUGCAACAAGAGGGAGGAGCAGUAUCACUUGCCAUAUGCUGAGGCAUAAAACUGCUCGAUGAAGAUCCAACAGGUCAAUUACAUGAAGGCCAACGGCUGUAUGAUCCUCACGCCUCUGUGAACUGCUGGAGUGAAUGCACAGUUCUAUUUUUUUUUAUUGCAGCUGUUAAAAACCUGAGGAUGUGAAAUCCAAGAAGCAGGGAGCAGAUCCAGUCAGGAGAUCAUUUGGAAGAUAUGUCUGGAUCAAUGAAGCACGAGAUUGCUUGCACUGAAAGAGGAGUGAUCUGUUGUUCAUACACUAUAUUUAAACAUAAAUGGGACAUGCAACAACAGAAUCAAGAGCCCAAAGAAGCAAUGAGAAAUUAAGCUUAUUAACGAAAGGACAGUCAAGUUGGGGACUGAAAUCUUUCAGAUGCUGUAAGACCUACGUAAACAAAUAUCUGCAGGAAACAUGCUGAAUAACUACUAUAACUGAUACACAGUAUAAUAUCAGUUUCGGUUGCUGAGAAAGAAAAGAAAAACUGAAGUAAAUAAACUCAUUGGUUGCCAUUGAUGGCGAGAGACUUUCAAUGUAGUUUAUCAGGGAGGGGUCACAGCGGUCGUUCGUCAUUCGUUGGGAAGUACAUGAGUUUCACAACCACAAUAAAUUAAUGUCAUUCGUUUUUGGAAGAGGGUAUAAAAUAUGGCUAUUAGUAGGGGUGUGACAAUACAUCGAAAAGGUGAUAUACAGUAGUAUGAAAAAGUAUCUGAACCUUUUGGAAUUUCUCACAUUUCUGCAUAAAAUCACCAUCAAAUGUGAUCUGAUCCUUGUCAAAAUCACACAGAUGAAAAACGAUGUGUUCUUUAACUGAAACCACCCAAACAUUUAUAGGUUUUCAUAUUUUAAUGAGGAUAGUAUGCAAACAAUGACAGAGGUGGGGAUAUGUAAGUGAACCAUUACAUUUAAUAUUUUGUGCCCCCCCCCCCCUUUGGCAACUUCAACCAGACGCUUCCUGUAGCUGCAGAUCAAACUGGCACAUCAAUCAGGACUAAUCUUAGCCCAUUCUUUUCUACAAAACUGCUGUGGUUCAGUCAGAUACCUGGGAUGUCUGGCAUGAAUCGCUGUUUUUAGCUCAUGCCACAGCAUCUCAACGGGGUAUAAGUCUGGACUUUGACUUGUCCACUCCAGAAUGUGUAUUUUGUUUUUCUAAAACCAUUCCGGAGUUGAUUACUUCUGCGUUUUGGAUCAUUGUCUUGUUGCAGCAUCCAUCCUCUUUUUAGCUUCAACUGUCUGACAGACGGCUUCAGGUUUUCCUGCAAAACAUUCUGAUAAACUUUUGAAUUCAUUCUUCCAUUAAUGAUUGUAAGUUGACCAGACCCUGAGGCAGCAAAACAGCCCCAAAUCAUGAUGCUCCCUCCACCAUGUUUCACGGGGGGGGGGGUGAGGUGUUGAUUUUGGUGAGCUCUUCCAUUUUUCCUCCACACAUGAUGUUGUGUUUUACUCCCAAACAAUUCAACUUGGGUUUCAUCGGUCCACAAAAUAUUUUGCCAAAACUUCUGUGGAGUGUCCAAGUUCCUUUUUGUGAACAUUAAACCAGCAACAGAGCUUUUUUUAGACAGCAGUGGCUUCCUCUGUCGAGUCCUCCCAUGAAUACCAUUCUUGGCCAUUGUUUUACAUGUAGUUGAUGUGUGCACAGAGAUAUUGGAAUAUGCCAGUGAUUUCUGUAAGUCUUUAGCAGAUACUUUAGUUAGUUUUAAAAAAAAAAAAUUUAACCUCUCUGAGUAUUCUGCACUGAACUCUUGGCAUCAUCUUUGGUGGACGGCCACUCUUUGGGGGAGAAGCAACAGUGCUAAACGCUCUCCAUUAGACAACUUCUCUGACUGUCAAUCGCUGAACAGCCAGACUUUUAGAGAUGGUUUUGUACACUUUCCCAGCUUUAUACAAAUCAACAAUCCUUGAUCGCAGGUCUGGGGGAUGGGCGAUACCAGUGAUUAUGGAUUCGAUCCGACACCAAGUAAUACGAUCCGAUAUCGAUACCGGAAGUUCAUAUUAUACAUAUAUAUGUGUGUAUAUGUAUAUAUAUAUAUACAUAUAUAUGCUGGAUCGAAAUAUCGAUAUUUUGGUAUCGAUCCGCCCCGCCUUAGUCUUCAGACAGCUCUUUUGGCCGAGCCACGAUGCUCAUGAGACAAUGCUUCUCAUCAAGACAUUUCCUACCAGGUGUGUGUUUUAUAGUGGGCAGGGCAGCUUUACCUCACUCAUCAUUGAUUGGGCACACACCUGACCUAAAUUGUUUAGUAAAAAUUGGUUUCAAUUGCUCUUUAAGUCCCCUUAGGCAGAGGGUUCACUUACUUUUUUCCCCCUUCUGGCAUUGUUUGCAUGCUAUCCUCAUUAAAAUAUGAAAACCUAUAAAUGUUUGAGUUGUUUUAAUUAAAGCAGACCCUCUUUUUAAUCAGAUCACAUUUGAUGGUGAUUUUAUGCAGAAAUGUGAUAAAUUCUAAAAGGUUCAGAUACUUUUUCAUACCACUGUAUCUGGAGAAUUUGAAUAUGUCUAUAUAUAAUAUAUAAAUAUAUUUGAAAAUGUCCAUAUCCUCAAAAGGAUAUGGACAUGCUCCCACCAAGAAUAAAUUUAUCGUUUUAAAAAGGUGUCACUGUUUCAAAAAAAAAAAAAAAGGAACCAAUAGGUUGCUGCAAAAAUCUUCCACUAGAAUAAUGUCAACGUUAGCGCACUGGCUGCUAUUGACGGCAUUUCAUUUUGACUGGACUGGACGUCUUGUGCCGUCAAUGGCACUGAAACCGUCGCAUUCACAGCCAGUUUUUGUAGGCAUUUACAGGUCACUUCCUGUUUGUUUUAGGGCCUUUACAGGUUAUGUCUUGUUGAUUUUGAGUCACUUCCUAUUCAUUUGGGGACAUUCUUAAGUCACUUCCUUUUCAGUAAACCAAAGUCAAAAGGAAGUGACUCGUAAACGCCCCAAAAGGAAAAGGAAGUGACCGAAACCAAUAGGAAAUUUCGUGAAACGCACGAAAAUUAGCGAUGACAGCCAUAGGCGUCCAGUCCAUUUGAAUUGGGUUAGGAUUAGGGUUAAUUAGCUUUAGGGUUAAUUCAAAUGGAUUGGACGUCUACUAGUGAUAAAGUUGUUCAAAUUUGGGCAGAAGGAUGAAAAUAGCCUGUUUUUCUGUUUAUUAGUUGUUUAGUAGAAAAUCCAAGAAUGUUUUUCUGACCCAUAAAUGUUUUAUCGCCAUAUGGUAAGAAUAUUAGCGUGGACCUUGUAUCGCAAAUGGUAUUGUGAGUUACCCAGAGUUUCUCACCCCUAGCUAUUAGUACAAGCAAAUUGUCCAUUUACAUGUGUUGUUCCAUCAUUUGUGUUCAAUGAUCUGUUUCUAGCAGGGUAUCCAACUGUGACAAUGAUGUUACACUGUAUGUCAGCCUUUUAUUGGCAUUCAGCACUGUUUGUUCGCAUUGAGAUAUCACCAUCAAUGGCACCAAUGAGUUACAAAAGAAAAAAAAGUUGGUGUUGGGUUUAGCAAAAAAAUACACAUUGUUCAUUUAUGACUAGUUAAGCACAAAAUGAAUCAUAACCUUGCCGUGUUUUUAAAUAAAGUACAAGCAUAGACUUCACAAUAUAUUGACGGGACAUCGGGCGCGGGGCCGAUUCAUAGGGGCCUAUCGCCGUCAAAGCUGACCGAGUGGAAACGCAGACAAAGAGCUUUUUCCGUUGAAAAUUCUUGUGAAUAAAUGCUUAAAUCCCUGAAUUCUUUCUUGGUAUGGACGUAAAACAGUCUCAAUUCUUCAAAAGCAAAAAAAAAAAAAAACAUGCAGGUAGCAUUUAUUUUACGUAAAUAUUGGGAACUAUGACGCAAGUCAGGAAGGAAAUUAGCGGCCGCGGUAUGUAAACUAAGAGCUUUUUCCGUUGAAAAUUCUUGUGAAUAAAUGCCUAAAUCCCUGAAUUCUUUAUGGAUAUGGAGGUAAAGCAGUCUCGAUUCUUGGUUAAAAGUAAAAAAAAAAAAAAAAGGGGCAGUUGGCAUUUAUUUUACAUAAAUAUAUCGAAUGUGCUGCUAGUUAAAUCACUGUGGCGGCCCCCUUAGUACAACAAAGAGUUUUUUCCGUUGAAAAUUCUUUUGAAUAAAUGUUUAAAUCCCUGAAUUCUUUAUGGAUAUGGAGGUAAAACAGUCUCGAUUAUUCGUUAAAAGUUUAAAAAAAAAAAAAAAAAAAAAGGGCAGUUAGCAUUUAUUUUACAUAAAUAUGUCGAAUGUGCUGCUAGUUAAGUCACUGUAGCGGCCGCCUUAGUACAACAAAGAGCUUUUUCUGUUGAAAAUUCUUGUGAAUAAAUGCUAAAAAUCCCUGAAUUCUUUAUAGAUAUAGAUGUAAAACAGUCUCGAUUCUUGGUUGAAAGCAAAAAAAAAAAAAAAAGUGCAGUUAGCAUUUAUUUUACGUAAAUAUGUCGAUGUACGAUGCUAGUCUAUUAGUCAAUGUGGCAGCUGCCUUAUGUCAACAGAGCUUUUCCGGAGAAAAUUCUUGUGAAUAAAUGCUUAAAUCCCUGAAUUAUUUAUAGAUAUGGACAUAAAACAGUCGCGAUUCUUGGUUAAAAGGAAAAAAAUACAAAACGUACAGUUAGCAUUUAUUUUACAUAAAUAUGUCGAAGAAUGAUGUUAGUAUGUUAGACUAUGUGGCGGGCGGCAGUCUUACAACAAAAAGCUUUUUAUGUUGAAAAUUCUUGUGAAAAAACUAAAACUAUAAUAGUUACCCUGAAUCCUCGAACAAAUCACUCCUGAGACAAUCCUUCCUGUUUGUAUGUAGUAGUUUUUGUACUUUUUCAACAUAAAUCCGGCGUUUGAUCGCUGCAUGUGUCGCUGCGACCAACUGCGAAUAACUGAAGCGCGUUGUGGGAUAGGCCCCAACUUGAAGGCUAUGCGCACUGAAGGUCGAAUCUGACCCGUCAAUAAUAAUGAAGUCUAUGGUACAAGUACCAUUAGGUCACUAUGACCUUACAUCUACGAGAGCUUUUGAUACAGUUUUGAGGAAACUGCCAGAUAAAAUGAUUCUAGUAACUUUUAGCAUCUAUCGCAAAGCAUUUUAUUCAAACAUCAAUUCAAAAUAUUGAAAAUGCUUGUACUGGGAGAGAUGACUGUGAAUAAUGCUGUAUUGUUUAAAAAUGAUAAUUAAUAAUAGUAAUGACAUGAGAAAAAAUUUAGGAUGGGAUAGAUAAUAGAUAGAUGGAUGAUGAAAUGAAUUAAUGCAUUGUUUCCAGGGUGUGAAUUUGGGGGGAUUCAACCAUACAUAUAUGAGAUUAGAUUCCCAAACAGUAUAAAAACAAACUUCUUCUUGAUAAAUAAAAAUCCCUCAUGUUGCAAUCACAGUUGUGUUAUGUACAAGUCGUAACAAAGUACAUAUAAUAACACAACAUGUAGCCACAAAGAAAAUGACUCAAACAUUCUUGGGCCUGAUGAAUGCACAGAACAGGCCUUAUUUAAACUUAGCAAUGUACAGUAGUACAGAACAUUGAAAUGUGGCUUUCAGAGUGGAAAUUCAGAGCCUGGAAAUAGUGGCUACAUAUAUUCCGACAGACUAUUAUAGAGAGCGUGUGGAUUACAUCCGAAGCUCAGAGAAUGUAACCGAGUGACUGUAUGAGUUGACCUAUCCUUCAGCUCUGACUAUAGCCUUCCAAUGGUCAAGCAAUGUAUACUGUAAUAGCAUGGAUACAUGUCAUAUUUAACUUAUUGCCGAUUACCUACAGUAUUUCCAUUUCUCAUUUUGGUCAUUAAUCUAAUGUGUUUUUCUAUAGUCAAGUGAGCCUGAUUUUGAUAUCACUUUUAUACAUUGCAAAGAUGUUAAAGCAUGAACAAUGUAACUUUUUAACAACCAAAGGGCACUCUUGACCUUGUAAAGUAAUUUUAGAACUUGAUAAAGUAUUCCAUGAUUCCAUUGUGACUGUAACUGACAACCAAAGACAUGUCAUUGUGAGAGAUUUGUAAAUCUUGUUCUUGCUGUUUCACUCUUUUUUUCUAUGUCAUACAAACAAAAUAACCAUGACAAUUCUGACUGUCAAAUGUGUUUGACGAAGAUCUCAGGAAAUUACUGGAAUAUUUCUGGGUCAAUAAAAUGUGAUCUGCCUUUUGACACAAAGCAACCAUUCAUUCAGAUUUGUACGUUUCCACGACUGUUUUUCAUUUCUGAAUGCUAUGCAGUAGGUUACAUAUAAAGUCUUGAAAAACGAUUAAAGAGGAACUCUACUCUGUUUCCAAUAAUUUGAACUGUUUCAUGUAUAAGAUAAUGAAGAGAAAUGAAAGUGUGCCCUUGUUUGUCAUCCAUGUGUUUUUUUAUUAUUAUUUCAUUGCAAUCAAGUCUGGAAGUAGGAUUUGAAAUUAUCUGUCUACGUCACACUUCAAACAUUUAUGCAAGUACCCGGCCUUUUAGAGACAAUUGUUCUAAAACUGCAAGGAAAGCUCAGCUUCCCCUAAAAUGUCAAAAAAUAAGUGAUCAAAUGUAGGGCUGCAGCUAUCUAUUAUAUAGGUAAUAGAUUAAUUUAUAUCGGAUUACAAACUUUUAAUGGGUUGCAGAAUAAAUUUUAGGGUAUGUAAAAAAGUGUUUAUGCUUGCAAUCAUAGUUAUUUUGUCUAGCUAAGAUUACACUUUCAAAAGUGCAAUAAAUGCAAAGACAAAAUAAAAUUCCUGAGUGUUUCAUCAAAUUAUGCAGAAUUGCACUUUCAUUUUACAAGAGCAAUAAAUGCAUUCAAAAAAAUACAUUAAAAUACCUGAGCUUAGCCUCAAACGAAAUAAAAAUUAAAUAAAUGAAGAUCUAAGUUAAGUACCACAAAAGAACAAUUGGCUAACUUGCAUAGCAAAAGUUCACUUGCUUAAAUGCUAUAGAAUACUAACGUUUUUUUGUUUGUUUGUUUGUUUGUUUUUUUAACAAUGCUUUCAACAAAUUGUUCAAACACAUAUUCCGACAAAAAAAUGCUACAUUCUAUACUAUUUCCAAACUAAAUAACAAAUGCAUAAACAAACAUAUUAUCGCAAACAAAAACAUAGCAUAUGUUGGUCUUAACAAGGCGCAGCUGGAUUUAGCCAUUUUAGACGAGUUAUGGCAUAUUGAUUGUUGCCACUAGAGUGCAGUGUAUCCACCCAAAUCAAUAAAACUAUAUACAACACUUUCAAAACAAACCACUACGUCACUCUAAUUAAACGAAUACUCGAAGCAGCAAAUUUGAUUCGAAGCUUUUUUCUAAUCAAAUUACUUGAAAUAAUCGAUUAAUUGUUGCAGCACUAACCAAAUGUAUACUGUUGUGUGUACAUGUCAUUAGCCACGUUUACAUGCUGACUUUUAUUCAUACCGAUUCAAAUCAUUCCGAAUGGAAAUUUCACAUCAGCUGUUUACAUGUCACUUCAUCUAUUCCGAUCCAGCGUUUACAUGUGACUACCUUUAUUCCGAAAGGACGUUUGACAACUGCCGUCUGACAUGCGCAGAUUAAUCAAAACAAAGCGUCACGUUGCAAAACAUGGAGAUCGAUCGUCAGAUCAGCUGCUGUUUUAACUUUUCGAGUGGAAACAAAACUUCAGAAUGAUACGCCGUUCAUUUAAAAAGUUGUGUGGGUACGCUGUGCGUGUGCUUGGAAGCCAUGUUGCAAGUGACGUUACUUACGUCACCAAGUGACGUCACCACGUCAGUACGGAGCAUGCGCAGAAAGAACGCAACCAGACACCAUUCCGCUUCCCUGUUUACAUGAUAUAAUUUUACUUCUAAUCGGUUUGGGAAAAGGAAUAUUCCACCCCUGUGAAUCGGAAUGAAAUUCCAUUCGGUUUGGGCCUGUGCAUUCCGAAUGAGGUGUUUAUAUGGAACACAUUUAUUCGGUUUGAAGAAAUAUUCCGAUUGUAAUUGGAAUAUUUGGCUCCAUGUAAACGUGGCAAUUGACUAAGUAUGCGCAACAAUUAGGGCUGCAGUUAUUGAUUAUUUUAGUAGUCGAUCAUCGUUGAACUAGUUAUUUCGAAUAAUCGGAUAAGCAGCAUAAAAACAAUACCUGAGCUAAGCCUUAAAUGGUUAAAAAAAAAAAAAAAAAAUCUUCGUACAACAAAAGAACAA